CAGAGGCCAUCCAAACUUAUUAAUACAGCAACCACAGCCGGCCGUACACAGCCAGAAAUCCAUCACCAUGUCAGAAGCUAUCUGGACCUAGAAACCUCACACACUUAGCUAUCAAGGAACAAGACUAUCCUACAGCCAUGGAGGAGAAGAUGAAGCUGUCGGAAAGGAUCAAGGAGAGCAGCGACGGAGCAGAAGAUGGAAACGAAGAGGAUGAUUUGGUGUUCCCGGGAUUCCGGUUCCAUCCGACGGACCAGGAGCUUGUCGGAUUCUAUCUGAAGAGGAAGGUGGAGAAGAAGGGUUUCAGUAUUGAGAUCAUCAAGGAUAUCGAUAUUUACAAGCAUGAUCCCUGGGAUAUUCCAAAUGAAGCUCGGCAUGUGGUGCAGGGAGCAGGAGAAACAGACUGGUACUUCUUCUGCCUGCGGGGCCGGAAGUACAAGAACAGCAUCCGGCCCAACCGCGUCACCGGCUCCGGCUUCUGGAAGGCCACCGGCAUCGACAAGCCCAUACACGACGGCGCUGGCGGCGAGUGUGUUGGGCUCAAGAAGUCCCUCGUCUACUACCGCGGCAGCGCCGGCAGGGGCACCAAGACCGACUGGAUGAUGCAGGAAUUCCGCCUUCCCUCGACGUCGUCGGCCGACUUCCGAGAUGCAGAAGUAUGGACGAUCUGCCGGAUCUUCAAGAGGAACAUGUCCUACAACCGGAGCUGCCAGAAGCAGCAGAAGCAUAAGCAAGAGCACGGCAACAAACGAAGCCAUCAGCAGUUGGAGUUCUACUACGACCAGCACCACCACUACACUUGCGGCGCUUCCAUGACGAGCAGGUUCGAGUCGUCAGAGGCGAGCGACCCCGACAAGACCCAUGCCAGGCACCACCACCAGCCGUUCCUGCUGCACGGUUUCCAUGGCGCGUCGUCGGCCGCCGUGACGACGAUGACGUCGGGAAUAAUGGGAGCUCCGCCGCUGCCGUCGUCUGCGUCGGUGUGGAGCGAGCUGAUGAGCCUCCCGGAUAGCGGCAGCAGCUGGGAUGAGCUCGGGAGAGUCCUGGGAGAUCUCGACGGAUGCGAUCUACAUGUAAAUACAGAUUACUAGUGUGAUUAUUAUCAAUAUCUGACUUGUUUGUAGAGUAUCUGCAUGUAUGCAUGCAUGCUUGUAGAGUACCACGAGCACCUAGCUAGUAUAUAUUACUGUUUGCAUGCAUGCUUGUAUGCGUCCUAGGAGAACAGGAGCACUACACAGGAACUCUAAUUAUGUACAUGCUAUGCCAUUUUCUGGCCUCAUUUUGUGGUCUCAAUGCUUACCAACUAUUUGCAGUA